GGGAGAAUAAGGGUUUUUAAAGGCACUCUGAGGAGGCUUCUCAGCUCCAAGCUCACGCCUGCAGCUCCUGGACACCUGUCACCAUGUGGUUCCUGAUCCUGUUCGUAGCCCUGUCCCUGGGAGAGACUGGUGCUGCACCUCCCAUGCAGUCCCGGGUCAUUGGAGGGUUUGCCUGUGAGAAGGGUUCCCAGCCCUGGCAGGCAGCUGUGUUCCGCUACACCAAAUACCAAUGUGGGGGCAUCCUGGUGCACCCCGAGUGGGUGCUCACAGCGGCUCACUGCUACAACGACAAGUACCAUGUUUGGUUAGGCCGCAACAACCUGUAUGAGGAUGAGCCCUCAGGUCAGUACCUGGCUGUCGACAAAAGCUUCCUUCACCCUGACUUCAACAUGGACCUCCUGAAGAACUAUUCCCAAAACCUUGAGGAGGACUACAGCAAUGACCUGCUGCUCCUGCACCUUGCCCAGCCUGCUGAAAUCACGGAUUCUGUGAAGGUCCUCAGCCUGCCCACCAAGGAGCCCACACUGGGGAGCACCUGCCUUGCCUCAGGCUGGGGCAGCAUUGAACCCCUCAAAUUCAAAUACCCAGAUGAUCUCCAGUGUGUGCACCUGGAGCUCCUGCCUAAUGAGGAGUGUGUCAAAGCCCACACGGAAAUUGUGACGGACCUCAUGCUGUGUGCAGGAGACUUGAAAGACGGAAAGGACACUUGCGUGGGUGACUCAGGGGGUCCGCUGAUCUGUGAUGGCAUGCUCCAAGGUGUCACGUCAUGGGGCCCUACCCCAUGCGGCAGACCCGAGAAGCCGGGCAUCUACACUAAACUUACUAAAUUCGUCACUUGGAUAGAAGAAGUUAUUAAGAACAAUUCCUGAAUGACACAUUAUCCCUUCUUGGCUCCUAAUAAAACCCUCCAUGCAGCAAAUGA